AUGAGCGGUGUCGCGAUGCCUCUUGUCAAUGGUGCGCAGCCGAACGGUAUGGUCACGAUUCCUUUGAGCGCCCGCAAGGCACAGCCGCUAGAUCUUGCGACGGUUGAGCGCAGAGGUUUUGGCGCACCAAACAACCAGCCACCAAAGUCAAAUCGCAUGUUCGGCCUGAAGGAAUCACCCACAUAUCGCCCGACUGCCGAGCAGUUCAAGGACCCCGUGCAGUAUAUCCAGAGCAUUCGUGAGGAGGCGCAACAAUAUGGCAUCGUCAAGAUCAUCCCGCCCGACAGCUGGACUCCUUCAUUCGCCAUCGAUACAGAACUAAUAUGCAUCAGCGCUUUCACUUCCGCACGCGACGGCAGGAGCUCAAUUCUGUCGAAGGAGCAUGGCCACAGUCUCACUCGUUUCCCUAGUGUGGACAAACGACCACUGGAUCUGUACAAGCUCAAGAAGGCUGUGGAGACCAGAGGCGGCUUCGAGCGUGUCUGCAAACAGAAGAAGUGGGCCGAAAUUGGACGAGAUCUCGGCUACAGUGGCAAGAUCAUGUCUUCGCUGUCGACUUCGCUGAAGAACUCAUACCAGAAAUGGUUGCACCCGUAUGAAGAGUACUUGCGCGUUGUGAAGCCUGGAGUGCAGCAGAUGCUUGAAUUGGAGCACGGUGGGCCCUUCACCCCAUCGCCUGCGCAUUCGCCCAUGAAGAAAUCGGCGCAGGGCACACCCGUCGCGAAUUCGUCCGACUCACCUGCAAUGAAGGCGUCGGCAGCUCUGAAUGCGACGCUGCAUGGUGAUGCUGUGCAGGGUCCGCCCACGGAAUUGCCUCGGCCUGCCAUGGCGUCUGGCUUCACAUCUGUAAAUUCCGCUGGAGGCUUCACAGCAGUCAAUUCUCAAACCCCACAAGCGACUCCUGUACAGCCACCGACAUCAGGCUCUUUCUCCGCAGUCAAUACUCCAAACGGCUUCCAUCGCGAACAUGUUGAUUCUCGCACUGCUACUCCUCUGCGCAAUGGUGGCAGCCCUAUGCUGUCUGCGCACAACACGCCAGAUCUGCGGCCAGCUGCGCUUGGCUUGACUCCACUGUCGAGUGGCCAAAUGUUCAACCAGCUCAAGCGCACACUAUCGCAAGAUGCAGAGGACAGCUCGAACGGCGAUACAGACGAGAACGGGCGACGUAGCAAGCGGCUAAAGAAAGGGACGGGUGAGACGGACGCUGCACGUCUCAUUGGGUUGUGGACCUCGCUAACGCACCAUGCUGCAGAUGCGGCGCCCACCGUUGCAGGCUCGCACAUGACGCAGCCGCGACAGUCGACACCAGGCUCGACUUUCAACCCUCGUGCACGUGCCGCAGAUGAGAGACCCGGAGAUAGCAUCUUGCUCUGCGACAGCUGCGAUGCUGGGUACCACGGCUACUGCCUCGACCCGCCUAUCAAGGCCGUUCCUACCUUCGACUGGCAUUGUCCACGAUGCCUCGUCGGCACGGGCGAGUUUGGUUUUGAGGAGGGUGGCGUUUACUCUCUCAAGCAGUUCCAAGAAAAGGCGCACAACUUCAAACAGGCGCAUUUCGCCAACAAGACAGCUUUUGAUCCUGUCACCAACGCGCCGCGGGCCGUGACUGAAGAAGAUGUUGAGAGUGAAUUCUGGCGAUGCGUUGGGAAUCUGACUGAGACAAUCGAAGUCGAAUAUGGAGCUGACGUACAUUCAACAACACAUGGAAGCGGCUUUCCCACAAUCGAGAAGAACCCACGAGACCCUUACUCGACUGACCCCUGGAACCUGAACAUACUUCCCUACGCACCCGACUCGCUCUUCCGCCACAUCAAGUCCGACAUCUCAGGUAUGACGGUACCGUGGCUGUAUGUCGGCAUGGUCUUUUCGACCUUCUGCUGGCAUGCCGAAGACCACUACACGUACUCGGCCAACUACCAGCAUUUCGGCGCUACAAAGACUUGGUAUGGUAUUCCGGCUGAGGAUACCGAGAAGUUCGAGCAAGCAAUGCGCGAGGCAGUGCCAGAAUUGUUCGAGUCACAACCAGAUCUCCUAUUCCAGCUCGUCACGCUUCUCACCCCUGAACAACUGCAGAAGGCUGGUGUCCGAGUCUAUGCACUCGAUCAGCGUGCUGGAGAGUUCGUCAUUACGUUCCCUCAAGCUUACCACGCUGGCUUCAACCACGGCUUCAAUAUGAACGAAGCUGUCAAUUUUGCACCAUCAGACUGGGAGCCCUUUGGCGAGUUUGGUGUCCAACGCCUCCAGGACUACAGGAGGCAACCAUGUUUUUCGCACGAUGAGUUACUCCUGGCAGCCGCCGCGCGCAAGGACACAACAAUCAAAACCGCAAAAUGGCUUGGUCCCGCACUGGAGCGAAUGCGCGAUCGCGAAGUCGGCGUGCGCGCGUCCUUCCUAGAAAAGCACAAGGCUGCAAAGGAGCACUCGUGCAAGAUUGACGGCACCGGCGACUCUGAAGUACAGUGCGAGCUGGAAUUCAUCGUUGACGACACCGACAUCCACGAAGACGAGCAGAUCUGCACGCACUGCAAAGCAUACAGCUACUUGUCUCGCUUUUACUGCCGCAACGCAAAGAAGGUUGUGUGCCUGCAACAUGCGGGCUGGUACGAGUGUUGUCCGGGAAGCAUCGAGGCAGAUCGCUUGACUGGAGCUCGUGGCGAGCAUGUGCUCAUCUAUCGCAUGCCGGCCGACGCUCUAGAAUCUAUCGUUCAGAAAAUCGUUGACAAGGCCGGAACCCCUGAAGCUUGGGAAGAGAAGAUGGAAGCUCUUCUAUCCGAAGGUCCCCAGCCGCAAUUAAAAUCUUUACGCUCUCUCCUCAAUGAAGGCGAGAAGAUUGAUUGGGAUCUUCAGGGCCUACCGGACCUGAAAGACUUCGUGGAGAAGUGUCAGGAGGUUGCGGAAAAUGCUAUCAACUACAUCACUCGAAAGCAGCAGAAUCGACGCAAAAAUGAGCGAGUCUGGAAAGGACGCGGCGCGGGCAAACAAGCAGCAGCGAUUGAAGCCGACGAGAAAGAACGAGAGUAUCGUAGCGUUGAGAACAUCCAAAAGCUUCUUAAUCAGGCGAAAGAACUCGGCUUUGACUGCCCAGAGAUUUCUUCUCUCCGCGAACGUGCUGAAAGCAUUGCAGUAUUCCAGGAGAAGGCGCGAACGACCUUGCGCGAACGACCAAAUCAACAAAGCAUCGCUCGACUAGACGAACUUCUCGAAGAAGGCAAGGGGUUCAACGUCGACUUGCCUGAGCUCGAAGCGCUUGAAAAGGUUGUACAACAGCUGAAAUGGCUACAAGAGACCGAAGACUUCAAGUUCAAGCAAGCGACUACUCUGAAAGAAGUGGGUGAAUUGAUUACUCGAGGUGCUGAGCUUGGCAUACCGGACAAUCACCUUGAGAUACAGUUCUUGCAAAGUAAGAAGGACCAAGGCGAAUUCUGGGAGACCAAGGCAAAAGAGCUCAUGGCUGUCGAGAACGUUCACUACCAGCAGCUGGAUGCUCUGUCGAAGCAAGCUGCAAGCUUACCUGUCACACCCGAGACCCGCGCCGCAGUUGACGCCAUCUUGAAGAAACAAAGAGAUGCGCAGGAGUUGAUAAUGUCACUUUAUGAACGCAGUAAGGACCCCGACUUCUCGAAGCGCCCCAAGUACACGGAAGUCAAGAACGCGAUCGAAGGCCUGAGUGUGUUGAAUAGCAAGCCACCCGGUACCAUCGACCUCGAGAAGGAACAGAAACGCCAUGAAGACUGGAUGCGCACCGGAAAGAAGCUGUUCGGCAAGGCCAACGCACCUUUGCAUAUCCUUCACGCGCACAUGAAGCAAGUUGACGAGCGGAAUCAGUCGUGUUUUGACCUGUCCGACCAGCCUAGAAUGCCGGUCGAGCCUGCGUCUCGCGAGGCAACCCCCGUCGAAGGAGAAGAUAGCGUGGAAGGCUCGGGCUCAAACCGCGGAGUGUUCUGCAUUUGUCGCCAAAAGGAAGCGGGCAUGAUGAUCGAGUGUGAGCUGUGUCAUGAAUGGUACCAUGGCAAAUGCCUGAAGAUCGCCCGCGGCAAACUAAAGGAGGAUGAUAAGUACACCUGUCCCAUCUGUGAUUACAGGGUCAAGAUUCCUCGUGACGCCACUCGGCCUAAACUUGAAGAUCUUCAGAGGUGGCAAGACAUGUUACCUGAUCUACCUUUCCAACCGGAGGAAGAAGACACUUUGGAGUCCCUCAUUCAUCAUGGCACAAAGUUCCGCGAGUACGUCGCACAGUACAUCAACCCGUUGAUGUCAAGUCCCGAUGAACUCACUACUCAACGCUUCUACCUGCGAAAACUUGAAGGUGCAGAGAUUCUCCUGGCCAACGAAAUCAACUUCUUCCGACAAGAAUUGCACAAAUGGGCUCCUGUUGCUCCAUCACCUCCGCCUAUUCUGCAGAUGUCACUGUCGACGCGCAAGCCACGGCCUACCAAACAACAGAAGCUCAUGAACCAGUUGGGUCUGACCAAUCCCGAUGACUUGCCACAGCACCUGAAACCAAAGACACAGCAGUUCACCAAGAGCAAGUCGGUGGAUCCUACGAAACCCCAGCUUCAGCCUGCGCCCGAACAAUCGCACACUCCACCUGGUGACCCUCGGCGUGGCGAGUUUGGCGAUAACGACUACUUCAAUUCUAGCACUGUGCCCACGUCCGCCUUCAACAACUCGCCCACCUUCACUACCAAUGCUCCUCUGAGCUUCGGCGGUGGCUCGUCAAUUGCGCCCAUCGAUCCCGGCCUGUUUGAGACAUCUGGACCAGCCCCAACAAGCCCGAUGCAAGACCCCUUCAAGAGUUCCGGCAACGGUCACGAGAUGUUUGGCGAGGCCAUGGACAUGGGUGGCGGCCAAGCAGAAGAGGCUUUGGCCGCAACAGAAGGCAACUACAUGGAUUAGUAGUUCAUGUUAGCAGACCUUCCGAUACCGAUGCCAUCUCCACGACGACUUCUGCACGACUCCUUCUCACGACCUUCCUUUCCAUUCUGCCACAAGAAAACGACUACUUGCGAUGUGUUCCGGCAUACACAUGUUUAAUGAGCUGCUUGUACGAUGUCAUAUGUUUCUGUAUAUGUAUUCGUCUGUUUUCCCUUCACCGACAGGAUAGUAGAGGUCACUCGGCUGCGAUUGUCUGCUGCAGGAUAUUCUCAGCACGAUGGUCCGAGCCGGUCAAAAACUGUUGUUGCUGCAUUAUAGUGGGUGUUAUGGUGUAGUAAUAAGUCCAAAUACCCGACACACGGUGUGUAGAGGUGUUCUUGUAUUUCGAUAAUCGAUGAAUGGAUAUUUCAGCAUUUUGCAA